CAUAGCCUAAAGGUCAACAAAUAAUGGGACCGUGUGAGAAUGGGACCGUGUGCCAAUGGGACCGUGCAGAAUCAUUGUUCGAGGGGGCGGGGGAGAGGAGCGCGAGACUGUCAGAGAAGAGAAAAUCUAACAAGUGAGAGAACUGUUGCAUUUCGGUAAAGAUGUUUACCAGUAGAUUUCAAGAUUAAAAUCUACAAAAUGUAUCGUUAGAAUAUUUUAGACCAUAAAAAGGACGUGAAAAGUUAAUUAGUUAAGUCACUGUCUAUUUGCCUAGGGUGUUGAUGACCGGGUGAUCUGUUACGCACUGACUGAAAAAAAUAACGCUCGGCGCACGACAGCUCAUUGUAGUAGGCUAGCCUUUAAUCAGAGUGAAUAGUUUGUGGUUUACGACAACAAUUUUGGUCAAAUUAGAAAAAAACGGAAAGUGGACUUGCUGUUAGUUUUCGAGUUCGUCGGACUACUCUAUAGCUUGGCAUCUCACCAAGGCGAAGGUGAGGAUGAGCUGUCCUCGCAGAUUUCUCGACCACGUUGAAAGUCUGACUGCAUUUGGCUGAGAAAAUCACCAUACCACGUCGUAUCGCAGAUUAUCGACACUUCUAUUGAGCAGCGAGGAGGAAAAGAAUGCUCCUGGCACAAGAUGUCUGAUUCGGAAGCAAACAGUGGAACCUGAGAUAUUCUCUGCUACGACUCAGCGCGCCACAAAAAAACAGAGGAACACGUUUUCAUGAGGAACAGAACAUUUUCUCAACACUGUGUUUUGAUAAAUACUGACUUAAAAAAAUAUAUAUCUGAGAGGGGAAUGUGUUAGUCUACCCAUGAGGAAAACACACCCAGGAUUAAGCAAAUUAAAAAUACAUAGAGAAAGAGAAGCACAAGGAAAGAGGAAGGAAAAAAAGACCAGAGAUUUAAGCAUUUUUUCCAUUCCCUUCCACUGAUCCUUGGACCAGACAAGUGAAUUCCUUGGGUGAGAUGGACUCCAGUGGGAAUACUGGAGCAGCAGACCCCACCUGACAGCUCUCCAACUGAGAAAUAUAAGAACAUUUCACCAGGAGAUUCUGCUGCCAUUCUGUCUGAAAAAUAUUUAUAUUUUUAAAGAACCCUCUAGAACCAUCUACAAUCUACUAUAUUCUAUCCCAGGGAAAACCCUUGUAUUUAUCCUUCCAAAGAACUGGAUGUGUGACUUAGUCAGUUUCAACCCAUGUAUGUAACGCGGAGAAGGUGUCCACACUCAACUGGCUGGUUUCACCUCUAGUCCUCCAAAGAUAAUAACAUACUACUUUUGAUAUCAGUGAGAUCUUUACUGAAAAUAGGGAUGAAAAAAGUGAAUAAAUAUUGCUUUGCUGACGAAAAGUCCAAUCUUCAAAAAUAGAUGUGAAGAAAAAGGUGUUGAGAAAUCCAAAGAUAAACAUAGUCAUUUUUGACAUUUUUAUUUAUGGAAUGGAAAAACAUGUUUCUCCUCCUGACAUUUGACUUCAACAACUCCUGAGCUUUGUUGUUCCUUCAGUGUCCUAUAACAUCUCAUUCCUUUCUUUACAUUGAAAUCUCCUGUAUUUCCAGUCUCUCCUCAUAACCCUCUUACCCUUUCACUCUCCCUCAUUUACCCCUUCUUUCCCUUUAUUUUACCUAACUACCUCACCUCCUACUCGCGGUGUAGAACCUCUCUGCCUCCUCCCCUAUCCCCCUCAGCGCCUCUCUCUCACCAUCUUUCCCCUUAGUUCCGGUUAUCCCAGAGUUCAUUCUGGCCGGCACCACCAUUCCGGCCAAGGGGGAGGAGGACUUCCUUACGCUGGCCGCCACCCGGCUCAGCCGCAGGAAACGUGUCAUCGGGGCAGGAGUGGGCGUGGCCAUGGUGCUGGUUCUGCUGGUUGCCAUCCCCUUAUUGGUUCACACCACCAAAGGGGGCGCGUCUGGGGGCGGGAGCACCCACUAUGAGAUGCUCGGCAGCUGCAAGAUGGUGUGUGACUCUUUCACCCCCCCACAGGGAAGCCACGAGCUGACUGCUGUCUCCCCCCAACCCCCAGACUUCACAGGGAGAAGGGGAAAAUCUGGGUUUCGUGGGAGCCCUGGACCCCCUGGCCCCCCAGGCCRCAGAGGUCCCCCUGGAGAACCAGGCAAGCCAGGCCCCCCCGGGCCCGCCGGCCCUGGCCCAGGGGGCUACGUCCCCUCCUUCUACAGCCCCAAGAUUGCCUUUUAUGCAGGCCUCCGUAAACAGCAUGAAGGGAGUGAAGUGUUGAGGUUUGACGACGUGGUGACAAAUGUGGGGAACUACUAUGAACCCAGCACUGGCAAGUUCACCUGCCCCCUACCUGGCAUCUACUUCUUCACKUACCAUGUCCUGAUGAGGGGCGGAGACGGGACCAGCAUGUGGGCCGACCUGAAGAAGAAUGGACAGGUGAGGGCCAGUGCCAUAGCCCAGGAUGCUGAUCUGAACUAUGACUAUGCCUCCAACAGUGUCAUCCUGCACCUGGACGUGGGGGACGAAGUGUGUGUGCAGCUCGAUGGGGGUAAAGUCCACGGAGGAAACACCAACAAAUACAGCACCUUCUCUGGCUUCCUCAUCUACCCUGACUGAUGGCAUUCAUGCGUUACACAUACACACACACAAACAUACAACCACACAAACAAACAAUCUCCCAGGCAAACAUAUACAGCACCUUCUUCAGGAUUCUCAUCCAACCUGAUUCUCUAAACCUCUCUCUCUCUCUCUCUCUCUCUCUCUCUCUAUUGCUAAAACACACACAUUAUUUAAAGGAACAGAUGCAGUGGGAAAAGGAAAAUGUAUAUUUGCUCUGUGUUUUUUAUGUCUUUAAAAGUUUGGAUAGUGGCCAAACCAUAACAUUCCAAACCAAGUGCAGUUAGAAGGCAUCUAAUGUGCAAGUGUGUAUAUAGAAAUGUUAAUUUAAUAUACACACCCACAUGUCCAUUCGUUUGUCGUGCUGCAGCACCCUUACUCCCCAUGGCUAUGGGUCCGCGGAGGUACUGCAGGGGGUCCGGUCCGCCUGCAGGUCUAAAGAAAGUAUAUAUUUUACAUUUAAUUUUUUUUWAAUUAAUAUUACUGUGUUGUGUAAUUCUCAUGAUAUCCCUGAAUCACAGAUAUUUAAAUUAAACUAGCAUGUAAGUAUGUGGUGAUAAACAAGAAUUAUGUCAAGACAAAAAAAUAUAUCAUCUUGAUAUUGUGUAUAUUCUUAAAGUUACAUACACUCCCCUCCAUAUGUAUGUGGACAGUGAAGGAUUUUUUUUUUUUAAUCCAGCAUUUUAGAUUUGAGAUAUAAUGUUUCAUGUAAGGCGACAGUGCAGAAUGUCACCUUUAAUUUUAGGGUUAUUUUCAUACAUAUCCGUUUUACAGUUUAGAAAUCAAAGCACUUUAUGUAUCAAAGCACUUUAUUUAUCCAUUUGAAUAAGUCAUAAGUAUUUGUACAAAUUCACUUAUUGUGUAUUAAAGUAGUCAAAUGUUAAAAGUAUUUGGUCCCAUAAUCCUUGCACACAAUGACUACAUCAAGCUUGUGACUCUAAAAACUUGUUGUAUGCAUUUGCGUUUUUUGUGUGUGUGUUUUGGAGAGAAAAAAAUUGCCCAAUAGGGACUAGAUACAAAAAGUGCUUUCAUUUAUUAACAGUAAAAGAGAUAGCCUAUGCAUGAAAAUACCCUCAAAUAAAAGAUGACAUUCUGUACUGUUGCCUCAUAUGAAACAUGUGUUCUCAAAUCCAAAAUGCUGGAGUAUAGAGACAAAUUUAAAAAAAUGCAGCUUCACUGUCCAAAUACAUACGUAUGGAGUGGAGUGUGUAUAUUCACUUCUGAUGCACACACAUCUGUGUAUAUGAUCAGGUAUGUGGAAGCAUACAUGACUCGCAUGCGUUACAUGCACACACACACACACAGAAAUGCACACACACACACACAGUGAUUAAUUGACUUCCCCUAUCUAGUGUUGCAUUGACAGGAGCUGACCAUUUCGACCACCAGUGUGGAAUUGAGUAAAAUAGUCUCAGAAUGCAGACUGUAAAUCGAACACUUCGAGCUUGGCUGCGAGGCCUCCCGCCUCCCUUCUUCGCUCCGAGAUGGAUUUCCAAUACGGCUGAAGACACAAAACGAGAAAAGUCAUGAAUAUAUUGAUCGGAGCUGAUAAUACACGCAACAUCACGAACAUCAUCCAGUAUGGUGUGUGUGUGUGUGUGUGUGUGUGUGUGUAAAGAUAAGGAUCAUGUUGUUGUUAGUUUUACCCACAUGGCCCCUGGCUACAGCUAUGGGGGGGUCCCUAACACACAGGAUAUCAAUGAUGAGGCUUAUGGCAGACAGAAACAGUAUUUUUCCAGACCUUAUGGCGGAUGAUAGAGCAUCAUCAUGUUCCACUAAUGAUCCCAGACAUCCUGUGUAUAAACCCUCAACUGUUGGCGGGACUACUAUAGGAUUACUAUUCCUAUAUUCACUUUACAUUCAAUUGAUAACAUAGCAAUUUAAAAUGGGUGUCAAAUGCAUACACAGAGAUGGAGCUUUAGAUCAUACUGGUUAUUUGUAUAUAGAUGAGUCUUCUUUUCUUCAAAGGUAAAGCAGACGGUUUGUUUACAGGGUGGAUAUGGACAUUGAGGAUUCAUCUUGUACUCUGUACAGAACUAGUUUCACAUUUUCAAAUAUAUGCUACCGUAGAGUGUCUUCAAUGGAAAUGUGCAUCUUUGUGUGUUUUAUUGAAUGUACCAUACAUUACUAAUUGUAAAUGCAAUCCAAAUAUGCAGGUUCAGGUUGAUGCUGUCGGUCAAAGAUGUUAUGCAAACACUUGACAAAGUGGCAACGAGAAUCUAUAAUGUUUCACUUGUGUUAUCGAUCAGAAUGGAUUUCAUGGCAUUUUCAGUGUGGCGACAUUAUUAUCUUGUCAUACCAUAACAAAAUACAACUAUCUUUACAUCAAUGUAAAUGCCCUGCCUAGACAAUACCAUGAAAAACAGAUCCUCGCGACACGCAUCUGUAGUUAUAGCAUCAUACAUGUACCUAAUGUAAGUAGUUGUAUAUGUUACAGGACUUCAGAGGAGGGCUCUAUUGUAACAAGUAGUUGUAUUAGGAAAACCACAGAAUAAACCACUGCUGCAGCAGGGAUGAUACUGCUACUCCAUGUGUGUGCAUUAAUGUUACAACACAGUAUACCGGUGUGUGUCGAGUCUCAGGUCCAACUACAGGACAGAGCUUUGGGCUUGAUCUAGAGACAGAACACUGGUUAUUAUCAAACUGCAUCAGUCAGAUGAAAACAUUAUUCCUGUAUUAUACCUUAACGGACAGUAUUGCAACAACGAUCUACCAUCUCAUUUACACCAACGUAAUGUACAGAUUAGUUUGUGUGUGAGUGUACAUGACCUCUCUCUGUGUCAGGCUGCAUUCUGCUGUGUUCCCUGGCAGUAAACAAUGUUAAAUAACUUACUGUUGAAAAAGAGACCUGAUUUUUGUUUUUGAACAGUAUCAAUUGAUUGUUGUCACUGUACCUUGCAAGCUGAGCUGUGUGUGUAUAUUUUAUGUAUAAUACUAAAAACUAAUUCCUAAGACUAUAUAUAAGACCUACAAUAAACCAAUGUGAAGACGC